CCUCCGCCGCGUGUGUGCUAAAACAAAAGUGACUUAAUAAGUGUAGGAAGAGGGAAGAAAACUAACAAUCGCAAACAUUUCUUCUACCAAAUUAUCAUUAUUCAUCGAUCAUAUUGAAUGUCACCGGUUGCCAAAUGAUGCGUAUCUUCCACACACACACGACCACACGAAACCAUUCAAACGAGCGACACAACCGAAACGUUUAAUCUUAGUAAACCGCACACUGUCUGUCAAUCGUUACUAACGAACUGUCAGUGAAGAUGCGAACAGAUGCGUUACUACAAUGUGUGUGUGGGGUGGAUUGGUAUCGGAAACGCAAUCACACAAUUUCACUUUCAUCCCAAACAAGUGCGUGACGAUGUAGUGUGCGUGUGGGCUGCAGGUUGCAAUAGUGUGUAUACUAAAGAAAUCAUCAUUCGAUAAGAACCCAACUGCGAUACGAAGAAACGUAUUUCCUUCUUCUUCUUUUGUUUGUUUCUUCCGAUUAAGCAGCAAACAAUUGCUUAUCUGGUAUACGCCACACAAAUGUGUCCCUGGCCUAGGGUAUAGGCGAGUUUUCUUGUUUCGAUUUUUUGUACUACCCCCCCCCAAAUCUCCUGUCAAUAAACCACCCCUCUCCGGAACCAUUGAUAAUUGUGCAUGUGUGUGUGACGGUGCGUGUGUGUGUUCGAAAGUGUGAAGUGUUCUUACGAUAAACGAUGUUGUCAUGGAAACGGAAGCAUCCGUUUAGAAAGUGAAGUGUGAGUGUGUAAAGCAUAGCAAAACGUGUCGCAGAGUAUGUUCUCGUGAGUGCCAUUACUAAUCAAAUCGUAGCAGAGAAUACCCUGUGGCGCAGGGAUCUCCACAAGUGUCCCAAAUUGCCGAACGAACUCCGGGACCCGGGAGUUCGCAAUACUGGAUCGCAGAAGAUACGCGUGCGUUCGUAUCGAGCCGGUCGUAAUGUGAGUUUCGCUAUCAGCGGUACGAGAUAUGGAAUUAACCCGGCAUCGGUGCACCCAGUGGUGGAACGGAUUCGACGUUAGCAGCAGUUAGCAGCAGCGAUCCAAACGAAACAGUAGUGCGUACCGGUUGCGCAUGCCAUUCUGCACCUUCCCCAUGUGUAUGUGUCCUGUGCGUUUGUGUAUGUGGUAAAGAAAAUAGAAGAAAAAAAACGACAGCGAGCAAAACAAAACACUUCCGACCGCAUCGGAAGUUGGUUGGUGGUUUUGUGCAGUGACGAGAAGGAAGUGUCCCGAAAUCAGGCCAGAAGUGAAGCAAGUUCUUGUCGCUAGUACGUCCAGUGUAUCUCCGUGUACGAUCGUGAUCGUGUAUGUGCUAUCACAGUGAGGAUCGUGUUUGUUCACCGUGACGUCACAAGUAUCGUUUUCGCGUUUCGUGAUCACCACAGCAAGAAAAGAGGCCCGGCUCGGAAAGGAACCCAACAACCAUCCCUUUUCCAUCCGCAAACACACCGCUGACAGGCGUCGUCGUUCACGGUUUGGGUGUCGGCAGUUGGUGCUGAUCAGAGAAAGCACGACGCAAGAUCCCCCACUGCAGUACGGCUUCCGGGUGCAUAACGGACAGAGGAGAUUUUUUUCCCCCGAGAACCAGCACCGUACCUAGCUUUGGCACUCAUAAGAACCUCCACCUACACCUUGUGCUGCUACAGGCUCAUAAAUACACGCGCGUAUUUCUGUAGAACGCGUCCCGUACUUGGGACGGUGUAGUCGCUGCUGUUGCGCUGCAGUAGAAGAGAAGUAGAUUUGAGUUGGAGUUUUUGAUUUUUCGCUAGGUCCCUGUGUUCAAGCUCACUAACAAAGCGCGCGCCAAGUGUACAUUCGCUCCUAGUGCCGGUACAGUUUUUGUUUUGUUUUGGUUUUUUUCCCGCCAUUUUUGUGUGUCCGUCUUCGUGAAGAGCUCGGCGAGUAUCACGCACCACGACAGCAAAAACCGUAGACCCGCAACGCAUCAAACGCUGUAUAGUGUAGUAGUAGAUCAGCGCCAUAACCGCAACCGCCAUUUGCCAAAGCAUCGUAGUUUGAGCUUCGCCUUCGUCGCUUUGCCACAUAACGCGUCGCUUCGUGGCGACGGCUCUCCCGGGAUCGAUACCGGAUAGUAAGCAGCACACGUACCUCCGUACCGUAGUAACUCCAGCAGGCACCACAACCAUCAUCACCAGCACGACACCCAGUGUGUGCCGAUAGUACCGAUAGUAGUGUCACAUGCCAAAUAGUGUCACCAAAGUAAUACGCCCAUAUACGCAGCGUACCGUACGAAAACACUAACGAACCCUUACCGAACGUCCUGUGUAGAGUAGCGACCACACAGCUAGACACAGGUCGCCAGCGUUUGGACAGGCGUUUACCACCUCCCCACCACCAAAUACAAAAAAAAGUAUCAACCAAUUGCAAAAGCGUAGCUAACGGAAACAUCUUUUCCAAAAAUAUUUCCCGACAUUUCCCGAUCACCGAGCGUUAGAGUACGCUCCAUUAAUCCGGACUCCAUCUUAAAGUCAAAAUUC